GCAACACUGUAAAACUAUCAGUAUCAGCUGUUGAUUGUUGUUAUAAAAAUCAAAAUAUUUAAAAUGGCAAUUUUUUAAAAUUCAAUAAUAAAAAUGAUUGGCACGUAUUAUUUCGUGAUUGUAGGCCACAAAGACAAGCCCCUUUUCGAAAUGGAAUUCACCAAUUCCAAAGAACCCAAGAAAGAAGACCACCGUCAUUUGAACCAAUUCAUAGCCCAUUCCGCCCUAGACCUAAUCGACGAGCACAAAUGGAAAACCCAAAACAUGUACCUCAAAUCUGUGGACAAAUUCAAUCAGUGGUUCGUUUCAGCUUUCGUCACUGCUAGUCUCAUACGUUUCGUCAUCGUUCACGAUAACCGCAACGAUGACGGAAUCAAGAAUUUCUUCAACGAAAUCUACGAAGCCUACAUCAAACAUUCCAUGAAUCCUUUUUACGAGGAAAAUAGUCCUAUUAAAAGUGUUGCGUUUGAGAAAAAGGCUCAGUUGUAUGGCAAAAAGUAUUUGGCUAACUAAUAAAAUGGAUUCGUUAUUCUGUCAA